AGUCAAAUAGCCGGAACAAUUAUUGAUGAAGUUCAUCGCUGGUCGUCUCUGCCCCAUUCAUUCUUCACUCAGUUCACGCAUUCGGAACUAUGACGGUGAACGCCGUCGUCAUCUUCUUGUUUUUCUUCUUCCGCUUCACGCAGAAAUACGCCUCGCAGGGGACCGCCGACUCCUACUACUACGAGGCCUGUAAGCCGCUCACGUGCGGCGACGUCACCGUCGCCUUCCCGUUCUCCUCCUCCGAGGCCGUCUGCGGCCUCCCCGGCUUCGUCAUCGCCUGCAACGCCUCCUCCUCCGUCGCCACCAUCACCCUCUCCGGCCUCCCUUACCGGGUGAACGCGAUCUAUAAUUACAAGGAGGACGAGUUGUUGCUCACCGUGUCGGACCUCGAACUCGCCCGCCACAUCCUGUCCAACUCCUGCACUGCGGCCGGCGGCGGAGGCCUGCGCGAACACUUCCUCCCGUGGUCCAGCUUCUACCCCUUCCGGCUCGGUGACUGGUACUUCUACCUUAACUUCACCUGGUGCGAUCGGGGGCAAGUUUCCCCCAAUUCCAUCAAUGUCCUCGCCGACUGCCCCGGGAGGAACAACGCCAGCGGCAGCCUCUUCUUGCUGCCGCCGGAAGGGCCUCUGAACAACGACAGCGAGCUUCGGGCGGGGUGCGACCACGCCACCUUGCCGGUGCUGCAGGUCAACCUGCAGAGCGAAAUUAUCGUCCGGGACAAUCUAGUCGUCCGGGACAAUCUCUCCGCCGUGAUAGAUAAAGGUUUCGCGCUGGUGUCACCGGAGUGGGACCAGAACUUCGAGGCGUGUAGUAGUUGCCAGGCGGCGGGAGGGCGGUGCGGGUAUAACCAUAGCUCCCGCGAGCCGCGCUGCUUCUGCAGGGAAACCUGUGCUGGAAAAGGCGACAACAAGGUUUCAUGGAAAAUCAUUGUAGCCAUUGUUACCCCAACAACAAUACUUUUAGUAGCCGGGCUAAUUUCGUUCACCAAGUUUAGGUCAUCAUUCCUUAGCAUACUUGCCAAGCGUUCAAGCCACAAUUCGAACGUCAAGGAGUUCAUUAGCACCUACAAGUCCAUGUUAACGACGGAGUACUCAUACUCCGACUUGAAAAGAAUCAUAGGAGGGAGCAAGGAGAAGCUUGGAGAAGGAGGCUAUGGUAAUGUAUACAAGGGGAAGCUACAAAACGGGCUCCUGGUGGCCGUCAAAAUCUUGGAGAAGUCUAAAGAUGAUAGUCAAGAUUUUAUAAACGAAGUGGCCACCAUCGGACAAAUUCACCAUGUGAAUGUCAUUCGCCUUCUAGGGUUUUGUUGCGAUGGCCCACAUCGAGCUCUUGUAUACGAGUUCAUGGACAAGGGAUCACUAGCCAAGUUGAUAUCAAAUGAGGAGAUGAGACAUGUAGCUGGUGCCCAACGGCUACUUGAUAUUGCUCUUGGUAUUGCUAGAGGUCUUGAGUAUCUUCACAAUGGCUGUGAGAGGAGAAUUUUGCAUUUGGAUAUCAAACCGCACAACGUGUUGCUCGAUAACAACUUCCAACCCAAGAUAUCGGACUUUGGAUUGGCAAAGCUUCAAUCGAGAAAGGAGAGCGUGGUGACAUUGACCGGUGCCCGCGGCACCAUUGGCUACAUAGCCCCCGAAGUGUUCAUGAGGAGCCUCGGAGGCGUCUCUCACAAAUCAGAUGUUUACAGUUUCGGAAUGCUGCUUCUCAAAAUGGCCUCAGGUAAGGAGAGCACCGAGUCGGCGAACAUGCAAGAAGUUGGAUCCGGCAGCGACAAGUACUUCCCCGAUCGGAUUUAUGAUCAGCUGCACGAAUGGCAGGUGUUAGACUCGGGGCAUGUGGAGGUGGAGGAGAACCGAAUUUUGAGAAAGUUGGUGAUGGUGGGGCUGUGGUGCAUUCAGGCCAAUCCAGUAAGUCGGCCGUCAAUCAGCCGCGCUAUCGAGAUGCUGAGUGGGGAAGCUGAGUGGAUCGAGAUGCCUCCGAAACCGCUGCUGUUCUCGUUUCCAGAUCAACAACAAAGUGGCCAUGGAUCCCAAACUUCCUACUUCUCAAUUGAGUGCUCAUCUUUGUAGCCUGUUUAAGCAACAUUGUUCGAAGAGCAAGAUAUCGAAAUCUAUCGACAUGCUGAGACAAGAAGGAACCGCUGAGACGAUUUGAAAGACAGUUCAGCUAUAAAAUCACUUGCUUCACCUGGUGGAUUUGGGGAGUGGACUUGAGCUAAGCUUAUGAAUUGUGCGUUUUGUUCAGUCCCACAACUUCUUGCACAUAUGAAUCCACUUUCAAAGUGCAUUACAUCAUGAUUUGAUGUGUUAAAAUUCAUAUAUGAAUUCACUUUACAAUUUAUGUGCUAAUAAUUUUUUAAAAAUA